CGAGGAGCCAGAAGAGUGUUGUGGUUUGCAGCUCUGUUCGGAAAGAAAGCUUUUCUGAACACAAAAUGACUGUGAGCAGUCUAUUUGUUCGAUCCUAUCCUGUCCACAGAGUUGGGUCCAGGUCCGUGUUUACGAGCGCCAAGCGUGACACUAAUUUGCCCAACUGGUUACGAGUGGGUCUCGCCUUUGGUUCAACUAUUUUCCUGUGGAGUCUGCUCUUCAAGCAGCACAGCACAGAUGUUCUUGAGAACAAACGAAGGAAUGACAUAGAAUAACCCAGCACUAUGGUGGUCACCUUGGACUUCAGGAUGCACCUGUUUUUUUGUCACACUGAAUUCUGCAAUUAAUAAAUAUCGUGCAAAAUAAA